AUGUUCGCCUUGAUGCUUGUUCUUUCUCUUCUUUUCGCUCUUUUUGUUGAUGCUAAUGUCCUUGAUCUUGAGUAUCCUCCGGUGGUGAGCACAUCGAGCAGCAGCAGCAACGUACUCGUGAAAGUUGCAACUCCAGUUUCGACCGGGAUAACGCAUAACUCUGCGAACGACACUGGCUUUCCAUCUCCAACGGGCAAAAUCUAUCCCACUGGAAUUUUCCCACCAAGGAUCACUACAGUGCCGCUCGUCAGCGUUUCGGGGGGCUACAUUCCCGUCAACCACAACUUCACGGUUCCGUACUUCAACCCGCAUUGCCCAGGAAAUGCCACGCACAUCCAUCAUGGGACUGAGCCAUGCGAUUGCGGGGAUGACCACGCCCCGACGGCUGUGGCUUCUUCGGGAUCUCCAGUGAACAGCGCAAACGCGACGACGAGUCGAGCAAUACCGUCUUCUGGCCCACCAGUCAAUAGCGCAAAUGCAACCACCAGCGCUUUCAUGACAGGGACCGGCUAUCGAGCCCCAAGACUACAAAAUGCAACAAUCACCACUGUCCCUCUUACAAGAGUUUCUGGCGGAUAUAUUCCGAUUCAGCACAAUUUCACCGUUCCUUAUUUCAAUCCACACUGCCCGGGAAACAAAACCCACGUCCACCAUGGGACCGAACCGUGCGACUGCAUAGACGACGAGCCAACGGCUCUUCCAUCAUCCGGAUUCCCGGUAAACAGCGCAAAUGCCACCACAACCAGCAGAUCUGUACAGGCGAGCCCGAUCUCGAAGCCUUCCUCGGGCGUUCCGGUCAAUAGCGUCAAUGCCACAACAAGUCACUUCAUGACCGGUACUGCGCCAGCGCCCACCCGAGUGCCGUUGGUCAGCGUUUCCGGCGGAUUCAUACCAAUCAACCAUAACUUCACUGUUCCUUAUUUCAAUACGUAA